AUGGAUCAUCCAAAUGGCGGCAAAAAGCAUAACAAACUAGGGCUUAUCUCUGGCGUCUACAUACCAGUAUGCCUGAAUAUCUUGAGCAUCCUUCUCUUCCUGCGCUUUGGCCUGAUUCUCGGUCAAGUUGGCCUCAUGGGCAUGCUGGGUCUUUUGGUGGCUUCUUACUUGAUAGAUGUCAUCACGACGCUCUCGUUGUCUGCCGUCAGCUCAAAUGGAGAGGUCAAAUCCGGCGGCACCUACUACCUAAUAUCCCGCUCAUUGGGUCCGGAGUUUGGUGGUUCAAUCGGGCUUCUCUUCUAUCUGGCGCAGGCACUGAAUACGGCUAUGAACAUUGUCGGUCUGAUCGCAGUCCUCAAGUCCAACUUCGAGCAGACUUUGCCGCAGGGGUACUGGUGGACCUAUCUCCUCCAGACGAUUGCUUUGGUCGUGGUCACUGCCUUGUCUCUCGCAGGGAGUGGAAUGUUCUCAAAGGCCAGCAACGCAUUGCUCAUCAUCCUGGGGGCUGCUAUUCUGAGCAUACCCAUCACAGCCAUCUUUAGGAAGCCCUUUGAGGAUCCAAGCCUUGACGUCGAAUUCACGGGGCUGAGCUUGACUACGCUCAGGUCUAACCUCUGGCCGCACACCGAAGGCAAGCACUAUGAUGGGAUUAAGGUCUUUCGGGACCUCUUUGGGAUUUUAUUCCCUGCGACAUCAGGUAUCUUUGCCGGGGCCUCGAUGUCAGGAGACCUAAAAUCUCCAAGCAGAUCCAUUCCUGCAGGCACCCUCUGGGCUAUCCUGACCACCUUUACCGCCUACCUGAUAGUCAUUCUAUCAAUGGCAGCGAGCACCUCACAUGGCUCUCUCCUUCGAAAUCCCCAUAUCCUUCAGGACACUAGCCUCUAUGCACCCACUAUCCUCGCCGGCGAAUUGGCCGUCACCUUCUUUUCGGCGUUGAUGGGCAUCCUAGGUGCGGCGAAGUUGAUGCAAGCACUGGCGCGAGACAAGUUGUUUCCUGGAUCCUCACUCUUUGGCAAAGGUCUGAAGAAGACCGAUGAGCCCUUCGUAGCAGUGCUGUUGACGUACGCGAUUGCUCAGCUGGCUCUUCUCGCGUAUCUUGACCAGCUUGCCUCACUGAUAGCCAUCUUCUACAUGCUGACAUUCUUUACCAUGAACGUGGCGUGUUUUCUUCUCAGGAUCGGCUCUGCACCAAACUUCAGACCCGGCUUCAAGUUUUUCAGCUGGCAGAGCGCCUUUGCCGGCGCUAUCAUGUCAGCUGCCGCCAUGUUCUUCAUCGACGAGACUUCUGCUGCCACGGCCGUUUGUCUCCUGAUCUUUCUCUUUCUGCUCCUUCACUACCUGUCUCCUCCAAAACACUGGGGAGAUAUCAGUCAGAGCUUGAUCUAUCAUCAGGUUCGAAAGUACCUCUUAAGGAUGAAGCCGGAACACAUCAAGUUCUGGAGACCGCAGAUUAUCUUGCUCGUGAACGACCCGCGCCAUCAAACACGCCUCAUCCAGUUCUGUAACUCGAUGAAGAAAGGGGCGCUGUACAUCCUGGGCCACGUCAUUGUCACCUCGGACUUCACCUCUGGGGUGCAAGAGGCCAAAUCUCAACAGCAGGCGUGGACCAAAUACAUCUCCGACGCAUCCAGAAUCAAAGCAUUUGUGCAGUUGAACAUGAGUCCCUCCAUCACGUGGGGUGUUCGCAACCUCAUCUUGUCUGCAGGGCUGGGCGGCAUGCGCCCCAACAUCGCCGUCAUUGGUUUCUACAAUUUUCGUGCCUCUUCUAUCAAGGAGGGAAAAUUUCCGAGGCGGCGGCGCGGCGACACAUCCGCACGUAUUUUGGAGGGUCAUCUUCCCACGGACAUCAUUCGUACGGAAGGACUCAUGAGCGCAAGUGACUACCUCACUAUUCUUGAGGAUCUGGCCCUGAGGUUCCGAAUGAAUGUUGCGAUUGGCAAGGAUUUUCAUAAACUCGAAACUCCUCGGCAUGACGGCACGAACCGAAAGAAGUAUAUCGAUUUAUGGCCAGUACAGAUGUCUGCUGAAUUACAGUCAGAAGGGAAAAGCGUUCUCACAACAAACUUUGACACUUACACACUCAUCCUGCAAUUGGGCUGUAUCCUGCACUCCGUACAGGCUUGGAACAAAGUCUACCAGCUCCGCGUGCUUGUCUUUGUCGAGUACGAGGAAGAAGUCAACUCCGAGAGGGGAAGAGUCAAAGCCCUGCUCGAGAAGCUGAGAAUUGAGGCAGAUGUACUCGUGUUUCAUCUAGCAAGCGGCGACCUUGCGACCUAUGAGACAAUUGUCUCUGGCCAGACUGUUGAUCCGAUUACAGAUGCUAUGGUCAACGACAGCCUAAAGGAUGAGCAGUGGUGGGAUGAGCUGCAGACCUUGAGAGGCCGGCGGAAUCAUAUGAGCGCGUCACAGGAGCUCGACUCCUUAGCAAACAUAGUAGAGUCAACUGCUGGGAGGCCGGGAGUUUUCAACCCACACAACGAUCUAGAGUCUUAUGGUGAGCGCAGACGUCACAGUAUAGCAAGAAUGGCGGAGCUCCCGAAGAAGCCUACUGUCUCUACCCUGGCCAGGCUCGGGGUCAACAUGGGCAUUCACACGGCGAAUCUUCAGCCGAACGUGUUCGACAGCAGCUCCGAAAGCCACAGUGGCUCGACGAGCGAAAAUGACACCGACACGUCUGAUGACGAGGGCAAUGUUGACUUUAACGAUGAUGCCAGCGCAGCGAGCGAGGGAGACCUGGGACACAUCGAGCCUGUUCGCCGGCCACUGCUCUCCUCGCCAAAAUCAGAAACUCCUCAAGAGCGUCCAGGGAUCUCCAGGACAGCUUCGCAAGUCAAAUUUUCAGGCCAAGCUGCUCCCCCGGAAACAAGAUAUCAUGACCAAGGAGAGGUCGGGCCGAUGGUUUCAUUUGCGCUGGAACCAGAGAGCAAACCGCGGACGGAGCCUCCGUCCCCUGGAGAGAGCCAGAAGGACGUUGCGAUCCAUAUUCCGGACCUGCUCGCUUCCUACCAGUUGAACAGCGUGGAAGAAGAGGCAGACAACGGCCCUGGUGGUCACAACCCUAGCCUACAGCUCUCUUUUAAUGACCUGCCCAGCCGGGCCCAGUACUUAAUCCUCAACGAGCUGCUGCGUCAGAACUCGAGCGACUCUGCAGUCUUGUACACGACGCUGCCUAUACCGGCCGAGGGAACCUGCAGGAGCGAAGAGGCGAGUGUGCAGUACCUUUCGGAUAUCGAGGUUCUCUGCAGUGAUUUGCCUCCUGUGUUGCUGGUGUUGAGCAACAACAUGACGUACGUAUUUAGAGUUUGCCCAUCUAUUACUCCCUCUAAAAAGGCUUGGUGCUAA